GAGAGGUCAGACAUCAGAUCCAGUCUCUCUCUCUCUCUCUCUCCUAGUCAGCAGUCACCAAUAUUUCUCCACAGCGGAUUCCACUCCCUGUCACUGGGCAGUGGUCCUUCGACACGACUCCUGUCAGUCCACUACUCGCUUCAGGCUCACCUCCUGCGCCACAGAUUCUCCUAGUUGGGUUUUUUUCUACACUCGCACAUUUAACAGGCCGGAACAAAAAUAUGCUAACUUCAUCGCUACCGUCUCUCCUCCUCCUACUCUCUCUAUCAUCAAAUUUUUUGAAUGCAGCUUUGAGUGAUGAUGGCGGAGGAUUAUUCUGUUCUGCUCCUUCAGUAUUUGAAACUGAAACGGCCUCCUCCUCCAAACCUCUAUAUUGGAAAGUCACUAAUCCAACGCUCUCUCCCUCUCACCUUCAAGACUUGCCUGGUUUCACACGUAGUGUUUAUAAAGGAGACCAUGCUUUGAUAACACCAGAAAGUCAUGUAUUCAGUCCUUUACCAGGAUGGACAAAUACAUUGGGGGCAUAUCUAAUUACUCCAGCCAUGGGUUCCCACUUUGUGAUGUACUUAGCAAAGAUGCAAGAAAAUUCAAAGUCUGGACUCCCUCCAAAUGAUGUAGAGAGGUUCUUGUUCGUGGUUCAGGGUUCUGCAACUCUGACUAAUGCAUCUGGUGCCCACCACCAACUGAUGGUGGAUUCAUAUGCUUAUCUAGCCCCAAAUUCCAAACAUUCUCUGGAGUGUGAUGCAUCAGCUACUCUAGUUGUCUUUGAACGCAGGUUCGUUUCUUCUCGAAGUGUGAUUGAGUGUGAUGCAUCAGCUACUCUAGUUGUCUUUGAACGCAGGUAUUCUCCUCUUGAAAAUCAUUUUACUAAGCAAAUUGUUGGUUCAACAGACCAGCAGCCACUUCUUGAAACUCCAGGCGAGGUCUUUGAACUCAGAAAGCUUCUGCCUCCAUCAUUGCCAUAUGACUUCAAUAUCCAUAUAAUGGAUUUUCAACCUGGAGAAUUCCUUAAUGUGAAGGAGGUGCAUUACAAUCAGCAUGGUUUGCUGCUAUUAGAGGGACAGGGUAUUUAUCGUUUGGCUGAUAGCUGGUACCCAGUUCAAUCUGGGGAUGCCAUUUGGAUGGCCCCAUUUGUACCCCAAUGGUACGCUGCACUUGGUAAGACCCGUACACGAUAUUUGCUGUACAAAGAUGUGAAUAGGAAUCCAUUGUAAUCAGACGCAGUAAAAAGCCGUCCUUUGGUUUCACUGACCAAAUUCUAGCAAGGAUCGGCCUUUUAAAGCCUGCAAACAUUAUUUAGCUGAAUGAUGGUCAUCUUCAUGUAGUGAAUGGAAUUGUGAUGGAAGGAAUUGAACUUGUAGAUCUUAUUUGGUAAAAAAGUCGGUGUUCUGUCCUGUUUAAGAAAACAAAAUAUUCUGAAUUGUGGGAAUGCACCUGUAAUUUCAAAGAUGGAAAUUAUUAUUAGCUAAAACUAAAAAGGUGGUGUUUUUAC